GUAAACAGAGUCCAGUCAAAUUUCAUAGCAGUUUCAUUCGUAAAACCAGUAUUUUUCAAUCAAUAACAGAAUUUUACGCUUUGCUUUUAUUAGUUUCCGCUAAAAGGCUCCCCAAAAAUGAGCAGAAGAUCAGCCACAGCUAGUGAAGUGGAAACCCCGGCUACAAAUGAACCCAAGCGUGCGAGCAACAAACGGCCAUACACUCGAAAAUCACUUCUGUGCCGGUUGUGCCUGCGAGUGCUACCCAAGGAGCAACUGCCAGAGAUUUUCACCUACACCUUUAACCUUUCCAAAGCCAUCCGAUUGGCCGUGGGAACGGAGGUCUCAAAAAAAGACCGUUCGGUUCGAAUUUGUUACUGCUGUUUGGAAUUGGUUCAAGUGGUAAACGAUUUCCGAGGUACUUGCGAGCGGGCAGAGGUGCUGUUCACUCAAAAUGUAGAAUUCGCUGGGGAUGCUUUCUGGCAAGAUGAGUCUGACCAACAAAUGUUCGACAAGUGCCGAACGAUGGUGGAGAAAUACAAAGCCAAAGUAGAAGAUCUUCUCGCCAGAAAACUAGAAAUCAUUUGCGAUAUUAAACCUGAGACAGAACUCGAGGAAUCUGCCAGUCCGGAAAGCGAGACGGUUGAAAGAAGCGUCGUCAUACAAGUGGACCCCGUCGAGAUAGAUGAGGAGGGAAACAUCGUCAAGCAGGAACCGGAUGAGCCGCUGUACCUCGAUGAAGAGCACCUGGAACAACCAAGUGGAAGUGAGCAGGAUUUUGAUGGCUCGGAACUGGACGACCCGGAUUACGUUGAGGAGCAGAAUGGGGAGCAAAAUGAAGGCGAAGAUUCCAAAACAAAGCAGUGUGAAAAAAUUCAAGCAUUAGAUCCUGACGCUCCACCCCGAAGACGUCGCGGAAGGCCAUCUCUGCCAGAGGAAAUGCUGAAACGGCGCAGACGUCAGCCGGGAGAACCCAGAAGAAGACCUGGGCCGAAAAAUCACUUCAAGCUUCCUCCACAGUCGAUUUGCGAAAUAUGCGGAGUGAUGGUCAGCCGGGAGAAUCAGGAAAGGCACCGAAACGAACACCUCGGGCAUCGACCGUACGCUUGCACGGUUGAGGGCUGCACCCACGCGUUCACCAGCAAGUCCGGCUUGCAUGGUCAUCUGGCGCGGCAUGCCGAUCGGGACAAUGUCUACGACUGCGAUAUCUGCGGCAAGAAGAUCAAAACCAAAAGCUCGCUCCAUCGGCACAAGAAGUUGCACACGGCGGAAAAACCACAUGGGUGCGAUAUUUGCGGCAAACGGUUCUGGCGGAGGGCGUACCUCAACCACCAUGCCACGGUUCAUACGGGGGUUGCGAAAUUUCCUUGCGAGUACUGUGGAUUUGUGUUUAAGAAUAAAUAUUGGCGCUCGUUUCACAUCAAGCAGAAGCACGUGGCCAAAGGGGAAGCGCCCAGGUAUGAAGCUCUGGAUGAAUUGCCGGAGAAUGGCGAAAUGGCUGAGGUAGCGGAGGACGGCUUGGAAAUGGGACAAAUUAUAGAGUUAGAUGGUUGAUUUGUUAACAAAAAACACAAAUAAAAACACAUUUUCAUAACAACCUGA